AUGAUCACUAUUGCAUUAUUUCUAGUUUUGUUAUAUUUUCAUGAUCAAUUAGGUUAUUCAGCGGCACAACUUCAGUUUGGAUUCUACUCGGAAACAUGUCCAUCAGCAGAGUCAAUCGUUCGUGAUGUUGUUCAACAGGCGGUGACCAACGACCCAGGGAAGGCUGCUGUCUUACUCCGUCUCCAGUUCCACGAUUGCUUUGUCGAGGGUUGUGAUGGGUCAAUACUAAUCAAGCAUGGUGGGAACGAUGACGAAAGGUUUGCUGCGGGUAACGCGGGGGUGGCUGGUUUCGAUGUUAUAGACGAAGCCAAAUCAGAGCUUGAACGUUUUUGUCCGGGCGUUGUGUCUUGCGCUGACAUCGUUGCUCUUGCUGCUAGAGACGCUAUUGCUGAGGCAAAAGGACCAUUUUAUGAAGUUCCAACCGGUCGGAGAGACGGUCUGAUUGCAAAUGUUGAUCAUGCUAAGAACUUGCCAGAUGUUCAAGAUUCCAUAAAUACUUUGAAAUCAAAAUUUAGAGAAAAAGGGCUUUCAGAUCAAGAUCUUGUACUUCUUAGUGCUGGUGCACAUACUAUUGGUACAACGGCUUGCUUCUUUGUCAUACCACGUUUAGAUGCUCAAGAUCCUACGAUAAACCCGGAAUUUUUUCAAAUCCUGAGGUCAAAGUGUCCCCAAGGCGGUGAUGUUAAUGUCAGGAUUCCGUUGGACUGGGAUAGCCAAUUUGUGUUUGAUAACCAAAUCUUCCAAAACAUCAAAAAUGGCAGAGGUGUCAUUCUAUCGGACUCUGUUUUAUACCAAGACAAUAAUAUGAAGAAAAUCAUUGAUUCAUACUUAGAAACUAAUCAAAGUUCAAAGGCUAAUUUUGCUGCGGAUUUCACUAAAGCCAUGAUAAAGAUGGGUGCUAUCGGAGUGAAAAUCGGUGCUGAAGGAGAGAUUAGACGUUUAUGCAGUGCUACAAACUAG